GCAAUUUGUCUCAAUUUGUAAACAUUUUGAUGGCAUGUCUUCACAUGUCUUCGCUUUAGUUAUCGUUUAAUUCAUUGAAUAUUAUAUUUAAAUACAAUUUAUUAUUGAAUUUUACAAUAAUUAUUACUGAAUAUAAAAUGUCUGUUAAAAAGAGUAAAGUUUUGGUGAAUAAAGUGAUAUCGAGUGACGAAGAAGUGGUCGAUUCGGACCUGGAUUUGGAUGACAUGAAUGGCGCCAAUGAUUUGGAUUCCGACGACGACAUCGAUUUAUCUGAAGACACGAUCAACGCAUCCAAAGCCGAGACCAACAGCUCGUGGGCCGACGCUAUCAGUCGAGUCCUUUCCGUCAAAACCAAAAACAAAUCAUUCAUUUUAUCGAAAGCUAAAAAAGAUAAAGAAAUCAAACGGAAAACCGAUGAACCAAACGAUGACUUAGAGAUUGUCAACGAAGACGGGUCUGUUGUCAAGUCGUCGACGAAGAAUAAGAAGAGUAAAAGCGAUGAAAGCAAUAGCAAAGAGAGUAGCAGUAAAUUAAAGUUAAGUAAAUACGAGUGGGAAGUGUUGAACAAAAUGAAACCCAAAGCCGAAGACAGGGAUAGGGAACGGAUGCUGUGUUCGGUCGCCACCAAAGGUGUUGUCCAACUGUUUAAUGCCGUUCGGGAACAGCAGAAGACCAUUGAAACCAAACUCAAUGAAGUCGGCUCUUCAGAGACCAAAAGAGACAAAAUGAUGACUCAAUUCAAUAAAAAUCAAUUCCUCGAUAAACUCAAACGAAAGGACACUUCAACUAAAACAAAUGAAUCGGAAAAACGAGAAUCUGAUGAACAGAAGUGGAAAGUAUUGAGGGAUGACUUCAUGAUCGGCGCAAAGAUGAAGGAUUGGGACAAACAAAGCGAUUCCGACGACGAAUCUGACUAAUUAUUGAUCAUUUAAUUUAGCGACAAAUCUAUUUUGAAUAUAUUAAUUAUGAA